GAUACAAAUGAAAACCGCUUGAUGAAAUGACGAAUGACGUUAAGUUAAAUUAACCUAACCUCACUUUUGCCGCCAACAAAAAGGGCAUAAGAAAAGUGAUGAAAUUUUUCUAUUAUAAAUUUUGAAUUAUUUAUUUAUUUAUUUAUUGAAUAAAAAGCAAAAUAUAGAAUGUCGGCGGGGGAAUCUAUCCAAGAAGUUCCUAGAGUUCCGGAAACUAUAAACUUUCCGACUGAAGAAGACAAAAUCUUAACAUAUUGGAAGGAUAUUAAAGCUUUCGAAACGUGUUUGAAGCAAUCCAAAGGAAAACCAAGAUACACUUUCUACGAUGGUCCACCUUUUGCCACUGGUCUUCCACAUUAUGGACACAUAUUGGCUGGAACAAUAAAAGAUGUAGUCACAAGGUACGCUCAUCAACAAGGCUUCCAUGUUGAACGAAGAUUCGGUUGGGACACCCAUGGCUUACCAGUGGAAUUUGAAAUUGAUAAGGCAUUAGGUAUUAAAGGUCCUGAUGAUGUUAUGAGGAUGGGCAUAGAUAAAUACAAUGCUGAGUGCAGGAAAAUUGUUACUAGAUAUAGUGCCGAAUGGGAAGCUACUAUUACUAGGCUGGGAAGAUGGAUCGAUUUCAAAAACGACUACAAAACCCUUUAUCCCUGGUUUAUGGAGUCAGUGUGGUGGGUUUUCAAGCAACUAUUCCAAAAAGGCUUGGUUUACAAGGGCAACAAAGUAAUGCCUUAUUCCACUGCAUGUAGUACACCAUUAUCAAACUUUGAAUCUGGUCAAAAUUACAAAGAUGUUGUUGAUCCUGCAGUGACAGUGAGCUUACCAUUAAUAAAUGAUAGUGACAAUGCUGCUCUUCUCGUUUGGACUACUACACCGUGGACUUUGCCUAGUAACAUGGCCGCUUGUGUACAUCCCACUUUGGAAUAUGUGCGGCUGAAGCAAAUCUCAACUGGCAGCAUUUUUAUUUUAAUGGAAGCUAGGAUUGAAUCUACAUUUCAACCAGGAGACUUUGAAAUUUUGAAGAAAUUUCCUGGAAAAGAUUUGGAGGGUCUAAGAUACGUGCCUGUAUUUCCUUAUUUUGAGCAUUUUGCAGAAAAAGGUGCUUUUAGAGUGCUAGUUGACGAUUAUGUAACCUCAGAAUCUGGUACUGGAAUUGUCCAUAACGCGCCCUAUUUUGGAGAAGACGAUUACAGAGUGUGCCUAGUUGCAGGUAUUAUCACAAAAGAUAUGGAGCCGGUGUGUCCUUUGGAUAGUAUUGGAAGAUUUGUGGAUCCUGUAACUGACUUUAGAGGCCAGUAUGUGAAGGAUGCUGAUAAAAAUAUAAUUUCCCAUUUGAAGGCUAAUAAAAGGCUUAUACAUCAAUCACAGGUCAAGCACAGUUACCCAUUCUGUUGGCGUUCUGACACCCCUCUAAUAUACAGGGCCGUUCCAUCAUGGUUUGUGAGAGUAGAACAUAUGCAGAAACAGUUAAUUGAUGCCACUGCUAAGACCUAUUGGGUGCCAGAGUUUGUCAAAGAAAAACGUUUUGGAAAUUGGUUGAAAGAGGCUCGCGAUUGGGCAGUUAGUAGGAAUAGAUACUGGGGUACCCCAAUUCCAUUAUGGGUUUCGCCAUCUGGCGAUGAAAUCCGUUGUAUUGGAAGUAUAAGUGAAUUGGAAGAGUUGACGGGUCAAAAGAUAACAGAUUUGCAUAGAGAGAGUAUUGAUCAUCUGGAAAUUCCCAGUUGUACUCCAGGGAAUCCACCUUUGAAGAGAGUUUUGGAAGUUUUUGAUUGCUGGUUUGAAUCUGGUGCUAUGCCUUACGCCCAACAACACUACCCAUUCGAAAACGCUAAAGAAUUUGAAGACAACUUCCCCGCCGACUUUAUUGCAGAAGGCAUUGAUCAAACUCGAGGCUGGUUUUACACUCUAACUGUACUUUCUACAGCUUUAUAUGGCAAAGCACCCUACAAAAACUUAGUAGUCAACGGAUUAGUGCUAGCAAGCGACGGACAAAAAAUGUCAAAAAGGAAGAAAAACUAUCCAGACCCUCUUGAAGUUGUCAACAAAUAUGGAGCUGACGCUUUAAGGUUGUAUUUAAUCAGUAGCCCGGUUGUAAGAGCAGAAAACUUAAGAUUCAAAGAGGAAGGAGUAAGGGACAUAAUUAAAGACGUAUUUUUGCCUUGGUACAAUGCUUUCAGGUUUUUAUUGCAAAAUAUUGAAGUUUUUGUUAAAGAAAAUUCAAAACCCUUCAAGUAUGACCAUAAAAGCGUUAUUAAAAGUGAUAACAUAAUGGACAAAUGGAUAUUAUCUUUUACCCAAUCUUUAUUAGAUUUUGUCCAAACAGAAAUGAAGCAAUAUCAUUUAUAUACAGUGGUGCCAAGGCUUACAAAGUUUAUUGAUUAUCUUACAAAUUGGUACGUAAGGAUGAACAGGAAAAGGCUAAAGGGUGAAAAUGGAGAAAUUGAUUGCUAUAACGCUUUAAGAACCCUAUAUAACGUUUUGGAUAAUAUUGUUAGAAUGAUGGCCCCUUUUGCCCCAUUUAUAACAGAAAAUAUUUAUCAAGUAAUGAAAAAAUUACUUGACAAUUCUCCUGCCGAUAGUAUUCACUAUUUAAUGCUUCCAAAUGCAGACCAAUCUUUAAUAGAUUCAAAUAUUGAACGAGCAAUUGCAAGAAUGCAAAGUGUUAUCGAACUUGGCCGUGUUGUGAGGGAUAGAAGGACAGUUCCCAUUAAAUAUCCUUUGCCUGAAGUUAUCGUUAUUCAUCAAGAUACUCAAUAUAUCGAGGAUAUAUUAUCGUUAAAAGAUUAUAUAGUGUCUGAACUCAAUGUCAGAAAAAUCAGCACUACUACUGAUAAGAGCAAAUUUGGUAUAACUUUGAGAGCCGAGCCUGAUCACAAAGUUUUGGGGCUGAGGUUAAAGCAAGAAUUCAAAGCGGUUACUCAAGCAAUUAAAGCUCUUACGGACAAGGAAAUUAAUGAAAUGGUAACGAAAGGACAUAAGGAAAUUUGCGGACAAUUAAUUGAUAUCAGUGAAGUUCGUUUGAUUUUCAAAUCCGACUCGCUUAAAUCCGAUCAAUAUGAAGUAAACAGUGAUAAUGAUGUAUUGAUUUUGAUGGAUGUCACUCCUGAUGCUUCAAUGGCAGAUGAAGGAACUGCUAGAGAAAUAAUUAACCGGAUACAAAAGAUGAGAAAGAAGGCACAUUUAGUGCCUACUGAUGAAAUAUCGGUAUUUUAUACAGGAGAUGGAGAGGUUAAUAGAGUCGCUGCUGAAUUUAAAGAUUUUAUUGAAGGAACUAUUAAAGCCCAAUUUAUUCCGGCUGAUCGUAGAAACCCAGCAGAUCAACUCAUUAUUGAAGAAACUCAAAAACUCAAAGAUUGUGAGCUCUAUAUUGCAUUAACAAGAGCUGGUAAUACCAAUGGACUGGAUAUGCCAAAUGCGAAAUGGGUAAAUGUCCGAUUGGUCGGGUUGAAAUCCAAAUAUUGCCGUGGCGCUUCUAAAGGAGUAAUUCUUUUGGAGGUAGCCAAAAAAGUAUUGAGCAUAGAUCAAUUCAAAUUUGAAAUUUGUAGACUAUUUGGUGUUGAAAAGUUCAAUCUAGUUUUAUCAAACAAUUCCAAAAUUAAUUCUGCUGAAACUUUGUUCAACGCUCAAGGAAAUACAGUCUAUGUUAUUCCAAAAGAUUCAGAUUUGACAGUGCCUUCUGCUUCUAGAGAGGCGCCUUUUUGCAAAUUUAAAAAUUUCUCCGAGAAUGGAGUUGCUGGAACGUACUUGCUAGAGAAUCCACUAGGAAAUCCAGUAGGAUCUUUAAAUGGUUUUAGGGAGCUUAAGCAAAUGUGGUUGUAAGAUUCUAGCGUAACCUAAUAAAUUAUUUGGUUUUGA